CUAUGAUGUUUAUAGUGAGUAACCAUUUCGUGUUUUCCUUGUUCUUGCAGGUUUUUUUAGACACUCCGACGGGUCUUCACAGCCGAUUAGCACUAUUUAAGAAUUCCUAAAAGGAUACCAGCAGGAGGACGAGCAGCAGCAGCAGAAGGGCCAGGAGGAGGAGCAGAAGGCACCCACAAGGACCAACUUUCCACUCGAAGCGAAUUAAAAGAAAAGAACUCAGCCAAACUGGAGGCGGAGGGCAAAAAACGGCAAAAUCAAUAGUGCCGAAGAAAUGUGGCCAAAGUGCUGAGUAAUGUGGAGUAAUGGAGACCUUUUUGCUGGCGGCGGCAACAUGAUGUGAAACAUGGCAAUCGAAUCAGCCAAAGCCAUUUAGGGUCAUCAAUUGCCAGGGUAGUGGAAAAUCGGCAGCAGGAGCCCCGAACGAAGCCAUAUGCAUCGCAGCAUGGAGCGGAGGAGGAGCGGUACCCCGAGGACUCUGCCAGUCUGCUGGAUUCUGCUGUGCCUGGUGGCCUGGACUGUGGCAGAUGACUGGUCCCUGAGUUGCGCCUCCAACUGCACCUGCAAGUGGACCAAUGGCAAGAAGUCGGCCAUCUGCAGCUCCCUGCAGCUGACCACCAUCCCGAACACCCUGAGCACAGAGCUGCAGGUGCUGGUGCUCAAUGACAACCACAUCCCGUACCUCAACCGGGAGGAGUUCUCCACUCUGGGGCUGCUGAACCUGCAGCGUAUUUACCUCAAGAAGUCCGAGGUGCAGUACAUACACAAGGAGUCGUUCCGCAAUCUGAAGAUACUGGUGGAGAUCGACCUGUCGGACAAUAAGCUGGAGAUGCUCGACAAGGACACCUUCAUGGGGAACGAUCGUCUGAGGAUACUCUAUUUGAAUGGCAAUCCCCUCAAGCGCCUGGCGGCGUAUCAGUUUCCUAUUCUGCCCCAUCUGCGUACCUUGGACAUGCACGACUGCCUGAUCUCCUACAUCGAUCCCAUGUCCCUGGCCAAUCUUAACCUGCUGGAGUUCCUCAACCUAAAGAACAACCUGCUGGAGAGCCUGAGCGAGUACGUGUUCCAGCACAUGGCCAAUCUGAAGACGCUCUCCCUGGAGGAGAAUCCCUGGCAGUGCAACUGCAAACUGCGAAAGUUCCGCGGCUGGUAUGUGAACAGCCGACUGAGCUCCGUGAGUCUGGUCUGCAAGGGCCCUCCGGCCCAGAAGGAUCGCACCUGGGACAGCGUGGACGACGAGCUCUUCGGCUGUCCGCCGCGGGUUGAGAUCUUCAACAAUGAAGAGGUGCAGAACAUCGACAUCGGGAGUAAUACCACCUUUAGCUGCCUGGUGUACGGCGAUCCCCUGCCGGAGGUGGCUUGGGAACUGAAUGGGAAGAUUCUGGACAACGACAACGUGCUCUUCGACUCGGAGAGCAUCGCCUCGGAUAAGCUGUGGAGUAAUCUCACCGUUUUCAACGUGACCAGCUUGGAUGCUGGAACCUACGCCUGCACGGGCUCGAAUUCCAUCGGCAGAAUGACGCAGAACAUCAGCAUCUACCUCAGCGAGAUCGUUCAGCAUGUGCUGGAGAAGACGCCGGAGACCUUCUGGUACUUUGGCCUUAUCAUGGGCAUCUUCGGAACCGUCUUUCUGCUGAUCUCCAUCUCGUUUGUGGUCUGUCUCUGCAAACGCACCACCCGCCAGCACCGUCAUGCCAACAAGGCCGGCGUGAAGUCGAGUGUUAGCUUCAAUGACCAGGAAAAGAAACUUCUCGACUCGAGCGUCACCACGACCACCAAUGAUCGCGGUGACAGCUAUGGCAUCGACAACCAGCCCACUUCCAUCGGUAUGAACAAGGGGGACUCGGCCGGAAUGGGCUUCAACCAGAUAGAGAUCCAUGCGGUGGAGAGUCAUCGGCAUGGAAGCAUGUUGGUGCAGCAGCAGCCGCAACAGCAACAGGUUGCAGGUGGUGGUGGAAUGCGGCAACAGCUGAUGCAGGUCAAAGAUCCCACCUGCGGCAUGAUGAGUGUGCCCACCUCAAUGGCAGGCCAUGCCCACUCGCAUCCUGCCCAGAUCUCUGAGGAGUUCCCGCUGAACGUGGGCGUCUUCCCACCGCCCCCAGAGUUCUGUUCGAACAUUGUCCCGAAUCCAGCGUUUGGGGGCAACAUCUUCAUCCGGGUAUCCGUCACACAGGACAUGCUGGAUGGUGCGGACCUGAACAUGUAUCCAGAUUUGCUGAACAUUCCGAAGAGGAUGCAGGACGUACAGGAGAGUGGUGCUGGUGCAGUCGCCGUGCCCGAGGGUCAGUUUGCCACUCUGCCGAGACACACAGCCCGGAGAGGUAUUCUCAAGAAGGACACCUCCUUGCAGCAUCAGCAGCAUCAGCAGCAGCAGCAGCAUCAACAUCAACAGCAGCAGCAGCAACAGCAGAUUCAGCAGCAGCAGCACCAGCAGCUGCAACAGCAACACCAGCCAUCCGGACUCUACACACAUGAUGAAAUCGUGACCUACAACCUGGAGGCCAGUGGCUACGACCCCCACCAGUCGGCGUACCACAGCAAUGCCAUGGAGCUGCCUCCUCCGCCGCCGCCGCCCGCCGUAACAGCGGUGGUGCAGUGCCAUCACCCGAGUCCCAGCAACUGCGCCAGCUGCAUCAACAAUGCGCCGCCACCGCCCUCCGCCUGCCAAUCGCCGCCCGUCGAGGUGACGCCCAUGAGGCCGCUGGACAGCUCCGCCUACCCCAAGUACGACAACAUGGGUCGGCGGAUCACCGCGAGCGGAGGACUCGGUGGAUCCAAUCUGUCGCUGCACGACGAGGAGCGCUACGAAAACGAGACGCUCUUUGGCCAGGCGGAGAGUCAGACCAAGGGAAUGCCGGAGCAGUCGCAGGAUCUUCACCAGCCGCAGGAGGUGACUCAAGGCCAGGACAAGGGCGGCGGUCCUGGCGAGUUCGUGUCGCUCUAGUAUUACGGUACCCAGGUGUAAAUAGGUCAAUAGAUUCGUGUCCCCAGAAACCCUUGGCAAUCGUUUGGUUCAUAUCAGUUUGAGAAACGAGUGCUCUAAAUGAACAUAUGUAUAUGUAGCGACCUACACAAUCUAUUGACUGCAUCACAUUCACAUCUGAGGAACAUAGAACCAACAAGAAAUGCAGACAGGAUCUCGAUUGGGUUUUCAUUAUUGGGGACUAAACCAGCCAUUAAAUGGAAAUCCAUAUGAGACUGUCGUGUCACAUCCCAAUCAAAAUUAUAGAUUUCGAAAAUGUUGAGUUAACAGCGAGGCGAGCAAGGACAACAUUUAUUUUCCAUUCGGAUUGCACUCUCAGACUAGAUACCGUUACAGAAUAUACUUCUAAUUCAUACUCCAUUAGAGUCCCAAUCCUAGCUAGCAUUUGGUAGUAGUCCCCUCGAAGCCUGCACCUUCAUAGAGGUCGACAGCGGUGUAUUCUAAAAGGUAUAGCGACCAAAACUGAUCUUCAUAAGGUGUAUAGUACGAUUAAUCGCAAAUGUAUUGGACCCAAGAUGGUCGAGUCUUAGACAUAUUGCUUCUGGGGUGCUAGAGUUUUAGAGACGAGUCACUGAAUAGGAUUAGAUUGGUAUAGGAUGGUGUGAGACGCGGAACUCAAAUCUCUAGGCAUGCAUAUAUAUAUAUAUGAAACGUUAGCCAGAUCUAUUACGCCCCAUAUAAUCGCCCUUAUAAUCCUCGAUGUGCAUUGGAUAUAUAAAUACUUUAUCUAGUUUUAGCCCCUCACCCCGUAAAAUAGUUCCUUUCUUGUACAUAUGUAAAUGUAUUCCUAAUGCUUAAGGACUUUUAAAUCAAAAUAAUUUUAUGCUCACUACCCGAAAAGUAUCGAAAAGUAUCGAGAGUAUAUAUCACAGAGUCGUGCCAAAUGUUUUUAAGGUCUGUUUUUAACCCGUUAGCCCAUGCGAUUGUUUAGACGUGUUACUUAAGCGUAGUAUUUGCUGAACACUUAGUACCUAUGAUUUAGUCAAUCUCAGAUGUAGCCCACGCCCACUAUCCUAGCAUUCAGAUUAGAACACAUUCGGUUCCUCUCCGUUUUCCCCCUCGAAGUCCUGCAAGUAGAUCAAAACUAUAUCUGAAUAGGGUACGACAUUAACAUUUACGCAACAUAAUAUCUAUACAUGUAUGUAUAUGUACAUCUGCAUAUGUUUGUACUUGUGUGUAAUCUGGAUGUAGAGAGAAUGAAAAGCAAAUACGACCGACCCAAGCGAGGCUAUAUCGAUGUGUAUAUCUUAUAUAUAGUACAUAUGCAAUGUAAACAUUUAUCGAGAUCCAUGUUUGUAGAGGAGAGAGAGAAAGAGAGAGCACACGAGAACAGAGGUCGCGCAUUAAAUGGAUUUUUUGUGUCUGUAGAAAGUUUCAAAUUCGAGCUUGGUAAUGUAAAAGUAAGCUAUAGAAGUCAAUAUAAGUACACGAUAAAUUCCUCUUACAUGACCACGCCCACUCGCCGCCCCUUCGCAUGAUAAAUGUGUGAAUGCAAGCAUGCAUGUGUGUGUGUGUCUGUAUGCGCGUGUGUGUGUGCGGAAUAAUUAAACACAUGAAUGCAAUGAAUUACUAUAAUAAUUAUGGGAAAGUAUGCAGGCAAAUAUUUGCACAACUUCCAUGAGAUUUUUAACCCCUUCACCCCGUAGUUAUCCGUUAUUUGUUUUAUCGCCGUUGUUGUUUAAUGUGUGCCGAGUGUUUCCAGCGAAGGGAUUUUUGUAUUUUGCUAUUAUGAACUGAACCAGAGCAAAUUUGCACGGCACACACAAAGCACGGCAAACACGGCAUUCUAGUUUAAUCCGCAUAUAAUUUAACUGAAUUUCCCUGCGUACCUCAUUUUUGACAGCGCAAAGUGGAUGAUUCAAUCAAAAGCAUUACUCGCCCGCUCUAAUGGACGCAUCUAAAUCUGAAUCUGAAUCUGAAACAGGAACAGAUACAGAUACAAAUACUUUGGCGGGAGGGGCGGACCCUGUACAUAGGCCAUUUUAAUUACAUCAUACUCGCGCAGACAGAGCCAAUAUUUUAUUCAUUUUAAAUCGUUUUAACUAAUUAAAACCAAAUGGAAACCGCCAACUGAGCGAGAGCAAAGACAAGUGUAAACACGCAAAUAGAGUAAUGGGUAAUGAGAAUAGCGAGAGCCCGACUAGAGAAAAUUUAAACUAUGCUUUUAACUAGGUCUCCCAUUUGCUAUUUACCAUUUUCCAUUCACCAUUUCCCAAUUUCCACUUUCCACUGCCACGACCGCUACGCGUUUUUCCGGACGGAGAUGGAAAUGUAACUAUGAUUUUAAUUACUCAGCUUGAAUGCAAAUGGAAGGCGCCCACAGAACCAGAUAACUAGAUGCGAAACGUAUCUGCGAGUCCGGGUAUCCACGUAUCCACGUAUCCACGUAUCCACGUAUCUGCGUAUCCGACUGUCUUGCUGUUUGGGUAUCUGCAUCUGUUGGCGUUGCAUGUGGCAUCUAUUGAGGGGCCGAGGGAGCGGCAAAAUUAACUUUUUAUGAGCGCUGCGAAGUGCUGCCAAAAUAAAUUAAAUUCGAAUGAUGAAUAGUAGUAACAAAUUUUGUACAAUACCAUAAAAACAUUGCAUUGCACAUUGCAUUUUAACUUGAAUUCCAUUCGAAUGUUGAAAUUAGCCAAAUCCUACGAGCCGCACAGAAUCUGAACCAGAAUCCAUCACGAACUCGUAUACGCAUUUAUAAAUACAAAACAUCCCGACAGGACACGAGCCCACUUGUGGACAGGACGCACGGAUACGGACAUGGACACGGACGUGGACAUGGUCAUAGCGACGCAGACGGACACGGAGACGAACAGGACAGACCGGAAGGAGCGGACGUUGAACAAACAAUAUAACCGAGAAUACAUUGUAAUAGCAUUAAUAGAUUGUCAAGCUUUAUUACACACUAUAUUAACAUAGAUGGAAUAAUAAUAAUUAUUAUUAUUACUGUAAUAAUACGAGUAACAGAAGAACACAAAGAGAAAUAUGAAUAAAUUUAAUAAAACCAAAAA